GCCACAGCGCCGGAGCCGCAGGCGGAGCAGGGGCCGCCCCUCCGCACAGGCCCCGUCCCGCCCCUGGCCCGGUCCGGCCCGCGGGCCUCGCGUCCGUGUCGCCGUCUGUCGGAGCGAGUGCAGCGGGCGCGGCGGGCCACGGCCGCCCUGCUCACAGCGCCCCCACAUGGCGAACUUCACACCAGGCAACGGCAGCUCCGGCAACCAGUCUAUGCGCCUGGUCACUGCGGCCCACAACCGCUACGAGACCGUGGAGAUGGUGUUCAUCGCCACGGUGACUGGCUCGCUGAGCCUGGUGACCGUGGUGGGCAAUAUCCUAGUGAUGCUGUCCAUUAAGGUCAACAGGCAGCUGCAGACGGUCAACAACUAUUUCCUGUUCAGCCUGGCGUGCGCUGACCUCAUCAUAGGCGCCUUCUCCAUGAACCUGUACACCGUGUACAUCAUCAAGGGCUACUGGCCCCUGGGCGCCGUGGUCUGUGACCUGUGGCUGGCCCUGGACUACGUGGUGAGCAAUGCCUCUGUCAUGAACCUUCUCAUCAUCAGCUUUGACCGCUACUUCUGCGUCACCAAGCCACUCACCUACCCUGCCCGGCGGACCACCAAGAUGGCAGGCCUCAUGAUUGCCGCUGCCUGGGUCCUGUCUUUUGUGCUCUGGGCGCCUGCUAUCCUGUUCUGGCAGUUUGUGGUGGGUAAGAGGACAGUACCUGACAAUCAGUGCUUCAUCCAGUUCCUGUCCAACCCGGCGGUGACCUUCGGCACGGCCAUUGCGGCCUUUUACCUGCCUGUGGUCAUCAUGACGGUGCUCUACAUCCACAUCUCUCUGGCCAGUCGCAGCCGAGUCCACAAGCACCGGCCCGAAGGCCCCAAGGAGAAGAAGGCCAAGACCCUGGCCUUCCUCAAGAGCCCGCUGGUCAAGCAGAGCAUCAAGAAGCCCCCUCCGGGUGCCAUGGCCCGUGAGGAGCUGCGCAACGGGAAGCUGGAGGAGGCUCCACCACCGGCCCUGCCACCACCACCGCGCCCAGUGGCAGACAAGGACACCUCCAAUGAGUCCAGCUCGGGCAGCGCUACCCAGAACACCAAGGAACGUCCAGCCACGGAGCUGUCCACCACAGAGACCACCACUCCCGCCGUGGCCGCCCCCACCCUGCAGCCUCGGACCCUCAACCCGGCAUCCAAAUGGUCCAAGAUCCAGAUAGUGACGAAGCAGACGGGCAAUGAGUGUGUGACAGCCAUCGAGAUUGUGCCUGCCACACCAGCCGGCAUGCGCCCCGCAGCCAAUGUUGCCCGAAAGUUUGCCAGCAUUGCUCGAAACCAGGUGCGCAAGAAGCGGCAGAUGGCGGCCCGGGAACGCAAGGUGACACGGACCAUCUUUGCCAUCCUGCUGGCCUUCAUCCUCACGUGGACGCCCUACAACGUCAUGGUCCUGGUGAACACCUUCUGCCGGAGCUGCAUCCCCGAAACGAUGUGGUCCAUCGGCUACUGGCUCUGCUAUGUCAACAGCACCAUCAACCCUGCCUGCUACGCGCUCUGCAACGCUACCUUUAAAAAGACCUUCCGGCACCUGCUACUGUGCCAGUACCGCAACAUUGGCACGGCCAGGUAGGCAGGCAGGCGGGCAGGCCCAGGAGGUGCUGGGGGACCCCGACAUGGAGGCCCGGCUCCACGUUCACGUUCGCUGAGGAUGGAAGUGGCUCUGGCUGGAUUUGGAGAGCAGAUCCAGCUGGGGCCCAGGAGGCUCUGCGCAGGGAAGUCUGAACUGCCCAUGUCUGACGCCCUGCCUCAGGAGGUUGGGGACACUAGCCCGGGUACGCAGUGGCCCCAUGGUAGCCAAGAAGCAGCGGAGCAGGAAGGAUGGACAAGUGGAGGGCAGCAGAGGGGUCAGGCCCAGAAGGACGGAAGUGUGGGUUCCCCAUUCUGGUGUGAUCGGUGCUUUCCGUCUCCCUGCGCCCCGCAUGUAGGCUCAGCCCCUUUCCCCAAGCCCCAUGGGGGGGCGGGCAGAGCUGCCCUUUGCCACAGCUGCUCAGGCAGCCGCUGGGGCUGCUGUGUGUGUGGGCGCAGGCUAGGUGCCCCAGGCCUCUCUUUCCCCUCCUGUUCCCUCGCGCUGGCAGGAGGCAGCAGUCAGGUCAGGGAGGCCCAGGCCAGGGCUCUCAGCUGCAUUCCUACAGGUUUAAGGGAGAAGAGAGAACUUGGGGACCCACUCAGGCCUCAGCAGAACUUCCUGCCUGGCAAUGGCUGGUCCAGGUGGCCUCUGACCAGCAAGGCCGAUGAGCCCCAUGGAAUCACAGGUCCCUUCCGCAGCCCAGUGGGAAUCCUUUCGGGAGCCCCAAGGAUGGUCUUUCAUCAGUGUUCUGCUUUCCCACAGGGAGCCCUGGCCAAGCCCCAAGCCUCCUAAGCCCACCGGGCCUGGUCCCACGGCUGUCCCUCCCCGCAAAGCUGCACAGCCUACUCCCCCGGAAGGGGCUUUUAUAUAUUGGAAAGAAAAGCUUUUAUUGGGAAAGAA